GCGGGCGCGACUUUCAAGGUUGUCCAUCCAAAAGCGACAGGAACCAAGCCGCUGGCUGCAUCUCUGCCUCUUGUCUUGCAAAGCCUACUACUGACAGAAGCAACAAACAGCCAUGUCAGCCGCCAACGAACCCUUCUAUCUGCGCUACUACUCUGGCCACUCGGGCCGCUUCGGCCACGAGUUCCUAGAGUUCGACUUUCGCGUCCUCGGCGACGGACGUAGCGCCACUGCCCGAUAUGCCAACAACUCCAACUACCGUAACGACAGUCUGAUCAGGAAAGAGAUGUGCGUCAGCUCUCUGGUCAUUGACGAGAUCAAGCGCAUCAUCAAGGACAGCGAGAUUAUGAAGGAAGACGACGAGAAAUGGCCGACCAAAAACAAAGACGGAAAGCAGGAGUUGGAGAUCCGCCUCGGGAACGACCACAUUUCAUUCGAGACUGCCAAGAUCGGAUCGAUCAACGAUGUUACGGACUCGGCCGACCCAGAAGGCUUGCGCGUCUUCUACUACCUCGUUCAGGACCUCAAGGCGCUGGUGUUCAGUCUCAUUGCCUUGCACUUCAAGAUCAAGCCCAUUUAAUCUUCCGACACGAACGAAUACCCCGAGUUUGAUAUAUCCUUACUCAUGGAAAGGAGAGAUUUUGUGGGAUAAUGCGGCGUUUUAUAAAGGCGUUCUUUUCUAUCUAUUGGCGGCGCAGAUGGGUUUCUUGAAACUGGAUUUAACAUGGAUAACUUCGGGACUGGCACAAUCGUAUACAUUAUCGACCAAUCGCCCCACUGGCCCCCGAACCUAAGAGUCGUCAUGGCUGUUUGUGUCAGCUAUUGAUGAUGACCAACCAAGCAGUGUGAGGCAAGAUAUCCGAUGCAGUUGCCAGGCGGAGACCGAGUGAUGGAACACCGACAUCUCAUUACGAAGCACACCAAAAGCAUGCCGCUGUACGAUUCGUACAACAAAUUCGAUUCGUACCUCUAUGUGAAGAGAGACCUGCCAUGGCUGGUCUUGAAUCACGAUUGAUCAAGUGACAAAAGGUUGGGCUACCAACUUUAAAGCAGUAACAAGGUCCGCACAUGUCAAAGUAAGAAGUUAAUCGAUCCAACUCUCCGACUUUUGGCUCUUAUUGGCGGUAGACCGGUUAUGCUGUGUAACUUUUCGCUUGACGAGUAACGCGGGGUAGACUUUCC